GAGGCCCAAGAUGGCGGCGCGCUGGGAGCGUAACAUCUGCGUUUCUAGGAUCUUCGUGCUGCGCGUGGCUUAAGAGUCUGGGUUUGUAGAGUCCCACACCAAACUAGUCGUCUGGCAGGAGCUUUGACAUCAGAGAUGGCUCUGAGUAAAUCAAUGCAUGCAAGAAAUAGAUACAAGGACAAACCUCCUGACUUUGCAUAUCUGGCAUCCAAAUAUCCAGAUUUUAAGCAGCAUGUUCAGAUAAAUCUGAAUGGAAGAGUGAGUCUGAAUUUUAAAGACCCUGAAGCAGUCAGAGCUCUGACUUGUACUCUCCUAAGGGAAGAUUUUGGACUUUCCAUUGAUAUUCCAUUGGAGAGACUAAUUCCCACAGUUCCCUUGAGACUCAACUAUAUUCAUUGGGUAGAAGAUCUGAUUGGUCAUCACGACUCUGACAAAAGUACUCUCCGAAGAGGAAUUGACAUAGGUACUGGGGCAUCCUGCAUCUAUCCUUUACUUGGAACAACCUUAAAUGGCUGGUAUUUCCUUGCAACAGAAGUAGAUGACAUGUGCUUCAACUAUGCAAAGAAGAAUGUGGAACAGAAUAACUUAUCUGAUCUUAUAAAAGUGGUAAAGGUACCACAGAAGACACUCCUGAUGGAUGCACUUAAAGAAGAAUCUGAGAUAAUCUAUGACUUCUGCAUGUGCAACCCUCCCUUUUUUGCCAAUCAGUUGGAAGCCAAGGGAGUAAACUCUCGAAAUCCGCGACGACCCCCACCUAGUUCUGUAAAUACAGGAGGUAUCACAGAGAUCAUGGCAGAAGGAGGUGAAUUGGAGUUUGUUAAAAGGAUCAUCCACGACAGUUUACAACUUAAAAAAAGAUUAAGAUGGUAUAGCUGUAUGCUGGGAAAGAAAUGCAGCUUGGCUCCUCUGAAGGAAGAACUUCGCAUACAAGGGGUUCCUAAAGUUACCUACACUGAAUUCUGUCAAGGUCGGACAAUGAGGUGGGCUUUGGCUUGGAGUUUUUAUGAUGAUGUAACAGUACCAUCACCACCAAGUAAACGCAGAAAAUUGGAGAAGCCAAGGAAGCCCAUUACAUUUGUAGUAUUAGAGUCUGUGAUGAAAGAAUUAUCCCUCAAAGCAUCAUCUCUGGGCUCUGAGACAACAGAAGGCAUAGUAGUUGUGACAACAUGGAUUGAAAAAAUUCUCACCGAUCUGAAGGUCCAGCAUAAACGAGUUCCCUGUGGAAAGGAGGAAGUUAGCCUUUUCCUGACAGCCAUAGAAAACUCCUGGAUUCAUUUAAGGAGGAAGAAAAGAGACCGAAUAAGACAGUUGAGAGAAGUUCCCCGAGCUCCCAAGAACGUCAUCCAAGCCUUGGAAGAGAAAAAGUCCCCCCCUAAAGAGCCCGGCAGUGACCAAGAUUUGGUCCAGGGCCCCCAGGAGAGUGCCCUGUGUGAGCCUGCUCUGCAGGAAGGCGAGUCUCCCACUGUGGAGGGCCAUGGCCCAAACCAGGACUUGCUUUCCCAGGAGGAAAACCCAGAACCCGUGGAGGACGAAAGGAGUGAGGAAAAGGGAGAGGUGGAGGUUUUGGAGAGUUGUAACGUCUCCAGCAAUGGAGCCCCGGACCAAGAGGCUUCUGAGCAGUUCAGCAACCCGGUGUCUGAAAAAGGGAACCAUCUCCAAGGAGUGGCUGGACGUUACCUGUUCAAGUGUUUGAUAAACAUUAAGAAAGAGGUAGAUGAUGCCUUAGUUGAAAUGCAUUGGGUUGAGGGCCAGAACAGGGAUUUGAUGAACCAGCUUUGUACCUAUAUACGUAACCAAAUUUUCAGGCUAGUUGCUAGUUAACGCUAAACUUCUUGAGAACAGUUUGGAAAGUUCUAUAAAAGCUGCUUGCUUUGGAGUGUGGCCUUGGGUGGGGGGGAGGGGGACAAGAGGAAUUCCACCAUUGGCCCACUGGAAGUGUUAUGUGGAAUUAUCUUUAAAAACAGGAACAAAUUAGAAUUUUCUUGUGGUGCAGUGGGUUAAGGAUCCGGCGUUGUCACUGCAGCAGCUUGAGUUACUUCUGUGGUGUGGGUUUGAUCCCUGGCCUGGGAACUUCCACAUGCCUUGGGCACUGCCCUCCCCCCAAUAAUAAUAAUUAAAAACAAAGAAACAAAUUGAUCCAUUUUUAAACAUCCCCUGCUUUUUUGUUUGUUUUAAGUUACAGGGCAUUUUAAUAGGGUGUUCUAAGGAAGAAUUGUGGCUUCCAGCAUCAACAGAAAGCCAUCAGUAAACUCAUAAGAGAUUUAAACUUGACUAAAGCAGGAGUUCCCGUCGUGGCGCAGCGGUUAACGAAUCCGACUAGGAACCAUGAGGUUGCGGGUUCAAUCCC